CGCCCGGCGAACGCGCCCCUCCACCGCCCCGUCAGGCUCCCGCGGCAGGGAAGAAGGUACCGCGCUGCCAGCCGGCAAAGGGAAGGGAGGAUUUUCUUCAAGGACCGCCCCCAACGUUCAUCUGGUGGGAAAUGUAGUUCGAUGCCCGUGGAAGUGGGCGGAUGUGCCCAGACAUCAGGCUGCCAUUCCCAGGGGGCCAGGAGGGAAGGAAGAGGCGGUGGGGGAGGAGGGACGCUGAAGUACGCAUGCGUAGUAGGAGAAUUAGGGCUGUUGCUGUCCUCGGAAUGUAACGGCCCGCGCAGUUCGAACGAACGGGCGCCGACGGGGCGCCUUUCGGGACAGCUUUAGAGCGCGAAGUGCCCUCGAGAGAGCUCAGCAGCGCGCCCCGAGGGGGUGCGGGAAGACGCUGCUCUACAGGGGCUUUCCUGGCGGUGAGCCAACCCCCUUACUUGGGGAAGACAAAUGUAGAGUACCAAUGGAAUCCAAUUUAUGGAUUUACCAUAAAAAAGAUGAUGAUGAAGAACUCUUGCUUGCAAAUGUAGAGGCAUUAAGGAAUCAACUGAGGAAGACUGAGAGAAAUCUACAAAAUCUAGGGGAAGAGCUUUCCAGUACUAGUUCGAGUGAACAAUCUGUCCACAGCUCUCAUUUCAGUGAGUUUGUUGGACUAACAUUGGAAGAUCUUGAUGAGCCGAGCUGCACUGAAUUUCAAAAUUAUUCAGCUCAUAAGAGUGCUGGUAAAAUGUCCCACCAGAGCAGGGAUUCUCAAAGAAAAUCCCAAACCAAAUCUUACCCAGUGUCCGCUCCUUUUAAUAAAAGUAUGGAACAAGAAAAUGAGCAUCUUAGAGAGAAGCUGAACGCCCUUCGAGAGCAAAAUGCAUCUUUUACUUCCCAGAACCACUGUCUAAUGAAUAAAAUUGAAACUAUCAACUUUGAACUGACUCAGUCAAAAACGAGAAUCUCUUUUCUUGAAUCAGCUUUAGGUACACAUUCAGUCAGUAUUCCUAUGUUAGAAGAACAGAUUGCAAAUUUGGAAGCAGAAGUUACGGCUCAAGAUAAAGUCCUGAGAGAUGCAGAAGAUAAAUUAGAGCAAAGCCAGAAAAUGGUGGUAGAAAAAGAACACAUUUUGCAAAGGUUUAAAGAAGAAUAUAAAAAAUUGAAAAUGGAUUUAAUUGAUCGAAGCAAGCAAGGGAAGAGAGCUGAACAGCAAAGAAACGAGGCUCUGUUUAAUGCUGAAGAGCUGACGAAAGCUUUUAAAAAAUACAGAGAGAAAAUAACUGAAAAACUUGAAAAGGUUCAAGCUGAAGAAGAAACUUUAGAGAAAAAAUUAGUUAAUUGUGUAAAAGAAAAAGAAAAGUUGCAUGAAAAAUGUGUUGCCUAUAGAAAUGAACUUGAAAUCACAAAGAAACAAUUAAGCCAAUUAAAGGAUGAGAACCGUAGUGCAAAAGAAGAGAUGAAGAGUCUAGAGGCAAAAAACACUGAAAUUGUGUCACAGCUCACACAGUCUGAACAGAAGAUCCUGAAGCUUGAGGGUGAACUUAAUGACAAAGUAGUAGUACUUAAAGAGAAAAGUGCCCUAGUAAGUGAAAAUGCAGAGCUAAAAGCACUUAUUGCACAGCAAAAUGAUCGCCUAAAAUUAUGUCAUCAAGAAAUUGAGGAUUCAAGAGAAGAACUGAGCACCUUGGAAACUAUUAUCUCCCAGUUGUCGCUAGGUACAUCUAAAGAGUUUACAUUGCAUCACUCUAAACGUCAAAUGGCUAGUUCCUCCGCAAAGGAAGCUAUGUAUGCCUCUUGUUGUGAAUCAGACAAAUCCCUGAUUGCAGACCUAAGAAUCAAACUGGCAAUGAAAGAAGCAGAAAUUCAGAAGCUUCAGGCAAACCUAACUGUCAGUAAAGUAACUCAACAUCUUUCUAAUGAUUAUGAGGGACAAGAAAGUGGCAGAUUACAUGGCCUAGAAACAGAACCUGUAAAAUUGAUUGGAAAUCAAACAGAAGAGAGAAAAUGUCAACAAUUGGAACUCAUCAGUAAACAGUUUGAAAAAGAGCGUCGAAGAUUCACAAGAGAGAUAGAAGAAUUACGUGCUAAGCUGUCAAAAGCAGAAGAGGAGAAUUCUUCUUUAAAGACCAGCAUGGCCCAAAGAGCCGGUCAGUUUCAAAUUAUACAGGAAGAACUACUGGAGAAGGCUGCAAAAACUACUAACUUGCAGCGAGAAAUAACAAAGAAGUCCUCUCAGCUUUCAGUACUUGAAAAGCAGUUGGAAGAAAAGACAGUUGCUUAUUCUGCUGCUGCUGCAAGAUGUACUGAGCUGGAUCAGGAGCUCAUAGAAAAGAAUGGCCAGAUUCGCAACUUGGAAACAAAUAUCAAUGAAGAACAUGAGCAAGUAACUAUAGCCUUUGAAAAAGCAAAGUUAAUUCAUCUUGAACAGCACAAAGAGAUGGAGAAACAGAUUGAAAUACUUCAGACUAAGCUGGCCAUGAAACACCAGCAAAUUAAUGAGCUAGAGAAGACCAUGUUUGUUUUACAAGAAGAUAUUGUAUGUAAACAGCGUCACCUUGAAUCAUUGGAUCGGCUGCUGAUAGAAAGCAAAGAGGAAAUGGAAAAGCAAAAUAUCAAGAAAGAAGAAGCUUUGAAAAUGUUGCAAAGCCAAUUAACAGAAGAAACAAUCAAAGUCAGACAACUAGAGUCAGCACUAGGCAUUUGUAAGGAAGAACUUAGAUUGUAUCUGAGUCAAUUAGAAGAAAAUAAGGAGUCAUUUGAAAAGCAGUUAAAGAAGAAGUCUGAAGAGGUGCACCGGUUACAAAAAGAAAUAAAACUAAGAAAUCAUAAUCUUCAGGACACCACUGAACAAAAUGUCCUCCUACAGCAAACUCUGCAGCAGCAGCAGCAAAUGUUACAGCAGGAGACCAUUAGAAAUGGAGAGCUAGAGGAUAGCCAAAUUAAGCUUGAAAAACAGGUAUCAAAACUGGAGCAAGAGCUUCAAAAACAGAAAGAAAACUCAGAAGAAGAGCUGAGAAAGGCAGAAGGGAAGCUCCUUAUAGCCUCUCAGGAAGUAGAUUUAAAAAGACAGAAGGUGGUUGAACUUACUAGCACAAUUGGGCAGAUUAAGCUGGAGAUGGAUCAGUGCAAGGAUGAGCUAAUUGGUAUGGAGAAAGAACUAGUGCAUUUAAGACGAGAUGGUGAAACUAAAACAGUGCGGUUAAAUCACUUAGAAAUGACUUUGGAGCAGACUCAGUCAGAACUAAAUAAAAAAACACAACAAGUGAGUGAUCUGGAAGAUAAACUGCUUCAGAGUGAGACUGAGCAAAAGGAUGCUUUACACAGAAUAGACGAGCUAGAGGCUGAACUACAAAAUGCCCAUGGAGAAUUAAAAAUCACUUUGAGACAAUUACAGGAACUGCGAGAUGUGCUACAGAAUGCACAAUUCUCUCUGGAGGAGAAGUAUGCUGCUAUCAAGGAUCUAACAGACGAACUUAGGUACUGUAAGGAUGAAAUUGAGGACAAAAAGCAAGAACUUCUUGACAUGGAUCAGGCAUUGAAAGAAAGGAACUGGGAACUGAAACAAAGAGCAGCUCAGGUUACCCAGUUGGAUAUGACUAUUCGUGAACACAGGGGAGAAAUGGAACAAAAAAUAAUUAGAUUAGAAGGUAGUUUGGAGAAAACUGAGUUAGAAAUUAAAGAACGCAAUAAACAGAUUGAGAGCUUAGAUUGCAAGCUACAGCGUUCUAAAGAUGAGAUUCGUGAAAAAGAGUUCGAACUGCUCCAGAGAGAUCAAGAAAUAAAUCAACUAAAAAAGGAAAUUGAAAGAAAACAACAUAGAAUAACAGAUAUUGAAAAAACAGUGAAAGAUCAGGAGAAGUGCAUUGCAGACCAGUACAAGGAAGCAUUAGAUUUAGGUCAGCAGUUGAGGCUAGAACGAGAACAGAUGCAGCACAUUCACUUGGAGCUUUUGGAGACUCGCCGGCUGUUGGUUCAGGCUCAAAGAGAAACGGACAGACUCUCACAAGAACUGGAAGAAAUGAAUCAUCUGUCUCAAGAAAAGGAAGCUCGUGCAAACCGUUUGGCAGAAGAACUGGGUGCUGCCCAAGCACGUGAAGCUCAGUUACAAGCAAAAAUGCAAGCCGAGAUAAAAAAGCUUUCAUCAGAAAUAGACUCAUUGAAGGAGGCUUAUGAGCAGGAGAAGCUUGCACAUCAGACCAAUCAGGAAAGGUGGCAGAUGUCCACAGACAGCCAGAAAUCUGGCUCUCAUCAUCUAAGUGGACAAUUGCAGCAGCUGCAGCAGGAGUUAGAAGAGGCUCAGGACACUGUCAAUAAUCUUCAGCAACAACUUCAGGCCAGAAAUGAAAUGGUUCAAGCUGCAAAUGAAGCACUGCUUGUGAAGGAAUCUGAAGUAACGAGAUUACAAACGAGAAUUGCUGGGCAUGAGAGAACAGAAGGCAUCAAGAAGCUACCAAUCCCGCUUGUAUUAUCAGAUCAUACGCUCUUCGAUGUUCAAGAACAGGAUUCUUUCAAACAUUCUCAUACGUCAUACUUCAAACACAGAAAACUGCGUCGUUCUAUAAGUGCUAGUAACUUAGGUGUUAAAGAUGAUGAUUCCCUAGAUCUAUCAAAAAACAUGUUAAAAGACUUCAAACAAAUGCUUACGUUACAGCCCUCAAUGAUUCCAGAGAGUCAAAAGGAUUUUCUUCAAACUCCACCAAACAGUUUGAAUGAAUCUUCAUUCGAUCCCCUCACAUACACUGUAGAUGAAGAUGUGACAUCAGACAGUAAUGACUUCCAGACACUUAGUGGAAUGCUAAAAUAUAUCAACAAAGAAAUGAGGCAGUCUGAAAAUGCUUCUGUACAAAUAUCAUGUAGUACAAACUCAAAGGAGAAUCAAGAAUGUGGUUUGUGGUACAGUAAUUCUUAAUUUAAUUGUGACUUUUUAUAUAGGGAUGGUUCAUUAACAUUUGUAUCUAUUUAUGGCAGCGAGUUCCCAGAUUUAUCCAGGGUGUGGAUCACAUUUUAGUGAAGCCAUUUCAUAGAUCACCCAAGUUAUUUUGUUUUUUUUAUUAAAGAUACACUGUCAAGUAACUAAGGCCCAAAAUUUAACUUUUUGUUUAAAACAUUCACAAAACAUAAUAGGCCAAUUUCUCCUCUCAGUUGCACCAGAAUAAUUCCACUAACUUUAAUGGGACUGCUCCCAGUUUAUAUUGGCGUAAAUGACAGCAGAUAUUUCCCCUGUGUCAACAGAAAUAUUUCAUAAUUCAUAUUUUAUUAGCAUUUCAAUAAAGAAUUUUUUUAAAAAAAUUCCCCUACAAUACUGGGGACUUGAACACAACACUCUUUGAGGUGAAGUUUUUGUUUGCCUUUACUUUGGUGCCUUUAAAGUCUUCCACAACAUAACUAUUCCUAGUAGUGACUCUUAGCAGCCAACACUUCCUUAUGGAAAGUGAAAUAGAUAUAUAAACCAAAUGAAACUGACUAGUUCACUUUCACUAUUGAAGCUGAGUGAAGUGCAGAAUACAAAUGGCACAACUGGAGAAAAAUCUGAUUUUUAAAAUUCUUACAGUUUUCAUAGUUACAGUAAUGUUGCUAAUGACAUUAUUCCUUUUAAAUGUAUAUUAGUUAUGGAUUUAAUCGGAUUAUAAAUAUGAGUAUUCACAAAUUAUUCUGCUUAAUCUGUUUUCUUAUUUACAAGAUUUUUGUAUUCUUAUCAAAGUACUGUAUAAGUCAGUGUGGAGUCUGAGCAACUGUUGGAUAUCUGUAGACUACAUUAUAAUAUAUUUAUUUAUUAAAUAUUGAGAUAUUUUAGUCUGUGGGCCUUUUGUACUAUAUUAUGUAUCUAAAUGCUGGCAUUUAUGGAUUUCCAGAGAAGUUGUCUCUUACUGUGGUAGAAACUAUUAUAAAGCAACACCUAUUAAUGUUUCUAGGCCAGGCUGCGGGAUGUGAGACAGAGACUGUGUGGCUAUCAAACAUGCUGUAACUAGUUUAUUUUAAUGUCUGAUCAGUUCCAUAAGAGAGAGCUUAUUUAAGAGAAACUAUAAAGAGAUAUUACUGCAAGACCACCCUCAAUACAAAUGGAUUUUGAUCUGGCAAAUUAAACAAGGAAGUUGAAAGUAAGAUUCUGACUACAAAUACUACUUUAACUAGCAUACAUAUCUAUUUCAGGGACAAAGAUUGUGAAGAAAGACUAUUGCCGUCUGACAAGCAAUAAAACAUAAGUGAAAUUGUUUUAACACAGCAUUGCAUUCAAAGAAGACAUUUUUAAUUCAGUCAUGAUGUACACAGUUAAAUAUAUUUAUAUUGAUUGUAAAUCCCAACCCUCUUGUUUUUCCAAUUUUGUUUUAAUAUUAUUGCUUUGAAAUAAUUUGUAUGGUAACUUUGUUUUGGAAAUAAAGGAUUGUUUUUUUUUU